CAACUGUGUCCACAUUCAGUACCACUGGGUUUCCUGGUACUAUCCCAAUAUCAGCUUUGCUGAACUCGCCGAACCAGCAGUGAAGAGGAAUCUAGAGUCAGAGAGUCAGACAAGCACAAAGAACAAAAAUACAAACCAAAGCUGGUGCUGCACGAUGCCGAGAAGGCGCGACUGUUGCUGCCACCAUGGAAGCCAGUGCUGGACCUUGUGGCACGCCACACGCAGUCUUUGCAGCAUCAGAUGGACUACACAACCUUGGAGAAAAGAUAUUUCGAUCAACGCUCAAGAUUGUUUGCGGGCUGGGCGUGUGCAGCGUUCGCUGGCUCGGCGAGUUGAGCAACGCUGAGAUUGGGAUAGCACCUGAGACACAAGUGGUACUAAAUGAGGACGCAGUUGGAGCGCUGCGAACGAUCCCUGUUGGGCCAGCGACCGCGAUUGCAUUUGCGCUGGAUGUAGCGGCAGCUUGUGACGCAAGCUUUGCGGCCUUUGCUCUUCGUUUUGAGAGCUUGUCUCUGCAAUACGCUGCGGAUGCCCGGUCUGCUCAUCUUUCAAAUUCACUUUCGGCACACCAGGACAGAUAUCUUCUCGGCAACAACGUCACCAAUAUAUCUCAUGGCCUUCGAGGACUUUCCCAGCAUGGUAUCACAUGGUUUGUUUUCGCUGUUGUGCUCACUGACAUGCACAUCCUGACGGUGGACAUGGUGAAAAGUUGCUGAUGUCUGAUGUUUGCUGCGGCACGACAAUGCCAAGCAACUCUUUAAGUCUGAAGAGUGCAGGAUGGACUGAGUAAAUACCCGCAAGCUGCAAAGUGCACCUAGGCAAUAAGCGCGAGCAUCGAGCAUUAGGUAGACUAAGGCGAAUCUGCAAUGAGCCCAGAAGCUGGCACGUCAAUCCGACGUCAGUACCUUGUAAUGCACUGACAGCCAUGCAUGUCGUGCCUGUCUCCAUGAUUGCCAACACUCAGGAGAACGGUCUUGAACCGAUCAAGUAG